AUGGCGACAAAGGCCUCCCUGUUCCAGGAUAUCGAGGAGGCUCCAGCAGACCCUAUUCUGGGACUCGAAACUGCUUUCCGAGCCGACACCGACCCCAGAAAAAUCAACCUCGGAAUCGGCGCCUACCGCACUGACGAUGGAAAACCCUACGUUUUCAGAUGUGUGCGGCAAAUUGAGCAGGAGAUGGCUGCAGACCCGAAUCUGUAUAAGGAGUACCUUCCUAUUGAUGGUCUUGCAGAACUAAAGAAGCAAACGCAGGAGCUCCUCUUUGGAGAGGACAGUCCCGCAAUUGCGGAAGACCGCAUCUGCUCGACGCAAGUUCUGUCGGGUACAGGAGGCCUCCGCGUUGCUGGCGAGUUUAUUCGAUAUUUCCUGCCGAAAUGCAAAACCGUUUACAUGAGCGAGCCGACUUGGCCAAACCACCCGAACAUCUUCAAGAAGGCAGGCCUGGAAGUCGCAACCUACCCUUACUGGAAUCCGGCGACUCGCGGCGUGGAUUUUGAUGGGAUGAAGAAGACGCUCGAGGCUGCGCCUCCCUACUCUGUCGUCCUCCUUCAUGCUUGCGCCCACAAUCCAACAGGUGUAGACCUGAAUGAGGCUCAGUGGAGAGAAGUCCUUGACCUGUGCAAACGCAACGAGUUGGUGCCGAUGAUCGAUAAUGCCUACCAAGGCUACGCCAGCGGCGAUCUCGAGCGUGACGGCUUCAGCUCGCGUCUGUUUUGCAACGAGGGCAACAUGGAGAUGUUUGUUUGCCAGUCCUUCGCAAAGAGCUUGGGUCUGUAUGGCGAGCGCAUCGGCAUGCUGCACAUUGUGUGUGCGAGCGCAGAACGGGCAAAGGUUGUUUUGAGCCAAGUGAAAAAAAUCAUUCGGCCCAUGUACAGCAGCCCACCCCUGCAUGGCGCGCGAAUCGUCGCGCGCGUUCUUGGCGAGCCGAAAAUGAAGCAGGAGUGGACCGCGGAGCUGCAAGAGCUGGCGGGGCGCAUCCAGAGCGUCCGCCGCGCUUUGCGCAGCGGCCUGGAAGCGAAGGGAACUCCAGGAACGUGGAACCACAUCACAGACCAAAUUGGAAUGUUCUCCUACACCGGUCUUUCCCGAGACCAAGCAGAACGGAUGACAAAGCACUGGCAUGUGUACAUGAUGGGCAAUGGCCGCAUCAGUCUGGCGGGUCUCAACCAAUCGAAUCUGCCGUAUGUGAUCGAGGCGAUCGACGACGUCGUGCGCACAGUCCCGGCGAGCCAAUCGAAUAUGUAG